CCGUGAAAGCUUCAGUGCCACUUCAGGGAGAACAUACCUUGACGUUUACAGGAUGUCAAGACCGCCAUACCAGAGUUCUUCGAACCGCUUUGAUACAGGACAAUGUGUUCGAGUAGAACAACAUGAACCAGCCAGCAUGGCAUCUUAUUAUGACAAAUCAGUGGUUGAUAAGACGAUGGAGGAAGCACAGAAAUGGGCUCCUUCAGAAUUCGUCGAAAUCAAUCGAGAUCUAAAGUUAAAAGAGCGUGUCUUAAAAGCAGCUACAGAUGUGAUUGAGGAACACAGUCGUCUCAACAAACAAAUCGGCAGCUGUUUGGAGCAGGACCCGUCCGCCAUCGAGACGACACUGAGUGAGCAUCUGCCUUCAGGCCGAAUAGAUAAAAUCAAGGAGGGUCUGCUGGUCCUAACCUUUGAAAUGAGCAUCGUCAGCAUGAAUGGUACAUAUUAUGUGCAUACUCAGAUCGGCGGUGAAGAACUGUACCCUCCACGACAACUGCGAUCUAAAGGUGACAUCGACUGGGCGAUUGUCUUGCAGUAUGCCAGCAUUCUCAUUGAGGCUGUCAUGCUUCUGAUGUCUGUGGUGGGUAUCCAUGUAUCCAUCAACAAGAUACAGAUGAAGAAGACCACAGAAACCGUUGUCAAUGCCAUAAACCGGUAUGGUGGACUUUUAAACAACCUUGUAAAGUUCAUUGAAGCGUGGACAAAAAGUGGGGAGAGUUUAAAGUUGAAAGCGAUAGCUCUGUUCAAACUCUUACUGCAAUGUUAUAAGUCCUCAUAUGGAAUCAUUGCUGAAAUCAUAAAAGGCCUACUUGAAGGUACGGAUCCAGUCGGUUGGGUCUUCAUUUGUGUAAGUGUACUCGCCUUGUUCGCCACAGGUGGUACGGCUAUAACAGUGAUGAUCAUUCUGGCACUCAAGAAUGCUUACAAGUUUGUUGUGAAAAUAGAAAACGUUUUGGCGCUUCGUGACAAAGGAAAAAACAUGUAAUCUGAAUCAUCAACCUGUGUCAGCGCAUGGACAUUGACUCAGUAAUGAGCAGUUUAACUAUGUAAAUGUUUUAGUAUCUAGAUUGUAGUAAUUAACAAAAUAUGUAUAAACAUCUAUAUACUUAUCCUCACUG